AUGUCAUUCGCAUUUUUGACGCUUUUGUACUCGGAUGAUUAUCUUCCAGGUGCACUAGUUCUGGCGCGCUCACUAAUUGGCGUUGGCUCAGUCCUUCCUCGCGGUAUCCUAAUCACCAAUCAAGUGACGGAAUUCGCAAGAUCAGAACUAGCAAAGGUGUAUGAUCAUAUUAUCCCAGUGGAUCCGAUUGUAGCCGAUGACCAGACCUUUGGUUUCCAGUUAUUGGCUCGUCCGGAACUGGCAAAUGCUUAUACCAAGAUCCAUGUUUGGAAUCAGACCCAAUUUUCCAAAAUUGUUUUUCUGGAUGCAGACACUCUAGUUCUUAAGAAUGUCGACGAUUUGUUCUCUGAUAGAUGGUUGGAUCAUAAUGACGAUCAGUGUCUGGAUCGUAUUUCUGCAGCCCCUGAUAUUGGAUGGCCAGAUAUUUUUAACAGUGGAGUGUUUGUUGCAUGCCCCAAUAAAAGCACUUUUGAGAACCUCCAGACCAGAGCUCUAGAUACAUCUGGAAAGUAUUCAUUUGAUGGUGGAGACCAAGGUCUUUUGAACCAAUACUUCACUGAGAACUCAAAGUGGAACAGAUUGCCGUUUAUUUAUAAUGUGACGCCCUCUACGUCGUAUCAGUACCUACCUGCAUAUUCUUACUAUCACUCUCAAGUGUCUAUUGUUCAUUUCAUCGGCAGUACCAAGCCCUGGCAAGGCGAUGCUCCAGGAAACCGAGACAUGGCCUUCAAAUGGAGAAGCAUCUAUAGACAACAUUAUGGAGAAAAGCUGUUGGGGCUGCCAGUUAGUGUUACAACUCUUCAGAAGGAAGUGGGAACUGAGUCACUUACUAUUAAACCCGAGAGUGAGCCAUUGCCCAAAGAUCCCAAGACAUUGGCUGAAGAGGCUGCUGCUACCGACGCUACAGCGAAUGCUGCCAGUGCUGCAGCAGCAGCUCUAGAACGUCUUCGUAUCACUUCUUUGAAGGCUAAAACAUUUGCGCCAGCAGUUGAUAGAUGGGAUGCAACCAAGUUUACUCCACCUAUUGACUCAAAGCCCGAAGCCUCUAACCUUAACAUUACCAACUAUGACAAUGAAUGGGAUAAACCGAAACCUUCAUCUAAGGACGAAGGCUUUAGGUUUCCCAAGUUUGGAGAGCCUACAUCUAAGCUUUGGACAACUCCACAACCACCUGUUGAGCGUGUUUAUCCUGAAGAUCUCCCUCCUGCAAAACCAAAAUCUAAACCAGCUUCCAGGAAGAAAGGAGCACAAUCGUUUUCUGAGCGCUUAAAAGGUUACGGGUCUAGCUUUAAAUGGUCUCAUAAGGGCGAUGAGAUAGAUGAAGAUGAAGAUGAGGAUGAAGACGACAACGAAGAACAAGAAUCAGAUGAAAACAGUGGAUUUCAGUUUCCCAAGUUAGGAAAGGCUGUUGUCCGACUCCCAUGGGAAACAGAGGAUAGACCAAAAGUAGAAAGAGUUUACCCUGAGGAUUUACCGCCUCCUGCUCAUGACAAUGUUGGAUCUCGCUAUAAAAAGCAGUUCAGCAGUCAGGCGCAACUGAAUCAAAGUUCAGAGGUGGUAACAGGUUUAGAGGAAUAUUCGUCAUCGUUGGCCGCUCAUCAUGAUCGUAAAGGAGGUCAUUCCGAUCACAAGGCACCCACUAAAUCGUCUUUGAAAGCACAACCAAAGUCGCCAUCCAAACCUCAUCACGGGCACCAUAAACAUGGGCAGUCUUCCGUGCCUGCUCUCACUCCGUCUGCUGCACGGACAUUCGUGCUGAAACCAAUUCUGAAACACCCCAAGACUCCGAUCGAAGGCGUUCCAGAAUAUAAAGAUGGUGAAAGUGAGGGUAAGACAGAUUAA